AUGCAUCCACAAGGUCCUCCACAAAUGCAUCCACAAGGCCCCCCACCAAUGCACCCCAAUCAACCACAAGGUCCUCCAAAAAUGCAUCCACAAGGUCCUCCACAAAUGCAUCCACAACGCCCACAUUUAGCCCCACAAUCGCCUCAACGACCUACCCCUCCCCAAGGACAUGGACACCCAAACGAAGAACAUCUGGCACAGUAUCGUCAGCAAAUGCAUCAGCAAACCCAGCAGAUUCAGCGUCAUCAGCAAAUACGUCAGGAAGAUGAAGAAGUUUCAUUCCGUCAUAGGUUUCAUCCUCAACCUCAGCAGGAAGACUCAGAAGAACCACAGAAAGUCUCCAGGACUUUUAAGACAGGAGAAAUGAGAAUAGUCCGUCAAUAA